AUGUUUGACGCCGAGGGAAAUGGCUUCUACACUGCCCCCAUGGAUGGCACCUCCAAGGGGCUACGCAUGGGCACAGGGCCGGCACAGGGUGAAGGUGCGGGUGAAAACACGAAGGACUUUGGAGAGGUGGGCAAGGCCUCACACGCCUUCCGUGCGCUGGGCGCCAAGAGAGUGGUGGCCAAGAAUGCGCGGGCUUUUUGGAAUGUGUCAUUGCCCGUGUUGCAAAGUCCCGGAGGUGCCCACAUCACCAAGUAUCACAUUGUGAAGCCCUACAAGGAUGGAGUGGACUAUGAUGACUUCUUGGUGGCCCUGCCGGAACGAGACCACCUCAAUAGUUUUACGAAGGAAGUGCCACUCUUCUUGCGUUACCUGAAGGUGGUCACCGACCAGGAGGGCCGCGCUGAGGCCUUCAAGGCUUUCUUGGAGCGUGCGAAGACGGGGCUGGUGGUUGAGAGUGACGUCUAUAUCACCGCGGAGGAAUUGCUCGCAGUGAUGUGGAAGAACGGCUAUUCGGAUGCCGAGAGAAAUGCGAUUCAGUUCACCUUCCCCAACGACUACAAGUUUCACUACCCGGAACUGUCAGCCAUGUUCGAUAUCCCAGAGGAGGAAACCUACAAGUUCUGCAUGCGCACUCGCAUGGAAGAUAGUCACUUGAUGGUGCAGCUCUUGGAUCGCUUGGAUGUGACCGGGAAGAAGCCCUAUCAAUUCAUGCGGCAUCCGAGGCCAUAUUGGAGAACUGGAUCAUUCCAAGGCGACGUCAACGGGAAAGGGGAGAGAGAGAGCACCACAAGUUCUUUAACCUCUCCAACUUCGACAGCCGAUGAGGGAGAUGGAGGACAGAAUCUUUUUCGGCGGCUGGUGGGAUUUCUGACCUUGCACGUCCUGGCCUUACUUGCAGAUGUGGCCACGCUGAUCGAUUUUCUCUACGGCGCAAAUCACCAAUUGAUGUUGUUUGUAAGCGGUCCCAUCAUUCUGUCAGGCUUGGUGUGCACUCAUGCUGCAUGGGGGGCAGAGCCUACACAGCUGCAGUGGCCAUGGGGAUUGCCCCUGAAGGACCAGCCACUUCUACUGAGAGCUGUCCUCUCCAUACCUCUGGGUUUCAUGCAAGGCGUCAUUAUUUUGCUGGCCUGGGAUCAAUACUUGGAACGCAAGAAUCAUCACGAGACAGGCAGUCAGGACAAGUGGAAUCGAUACCACUGCAAAGCAGUGGCGUCGCUCUGCGAGGGACUGCCAGUGUUCUCCACGAUCAUCUAUGCUGCGUGGCGGAUGAAUUAUCCACCUGAGAAGCCCGUAAUGAGUACAUCUUGGCCGAUGGAGCAGUAUUUUCUGAGUACAAUGGCCCUCAUUGAGUUCUUUUCCUGCGGUUUCGGCAUUGUCGAGCUGGACUUUUGUUGUUCCAAGACCGUAUCAAAGAGGAUGAGGACGACAAAGUGGUAUGAGUUUCUUCAUUUCUAUUUUCGUGUUUCCGAAUUUGUGGUCAGAACUCUUUUGCAUGUCGCUUUCUUGGUGUUGACGAGGUGGUUGGUGUCCUGGUGGUGGUGUCCUUUUGUUUUUGGCAACCUCGUCUUUCAGUUCAUGGUAGUCUUAAUCCACGGUGGGGACGAGUCCAAAACAACGGUGCGACUCUUGUGCGGUUUGGCGUGCGCCUGGGUGAACAUCUUUUUUUUCGUGGACUCGCCCUAUAAGCGCCGCGCCGCACGGAAGAUCUCGUUUUGGUUUGAGGCGCGAUUCUUUUCGGAGCUCUUGCUGCUUCCUAUGCUGGCAUAUUUUGUGCUGUGGUCACAUGAUCGUGUGGACGACCUGGAGAAGAUUGUCACCUUGCAUCUGUGGAUUUUUCAGCUAAUGAUUUUUACCAUCCUGUCGUACAUCAUCCUGCGGAUCUACAUGCACUACACCCUUUGCAGGCAAAUGAACCUCAUCGAUAUCUACACUCCCAGUGAGGAGGGGGACAAGGAGAAAGUGCAAGAGGUGAUGGAUGCGCUGGUGGCAGAGGUUCGGGAGCUCACCCGGGCGGCUUCGGCGGACAUCGACUUGAACAGGCCGGAUGUGGAUGGCAAUACGCCCUUGAUGCUGGCCACACGCCAAGGACAUGCCAAGGUCUGUGAGCUGCUGAUGCAUCGGGGUGCAUUCGUCAGCAUCACUCAGCAGGGCAACAAAGGCAUGCGAAAUUGGACCAGUCUGGCCAUCUGUCGGUCCUGGACAGCUCUUCAUAUGGCUGCAUGGCAUAACCACGCCAAAGUCAUCAAGGUCUUAGUGAUCAAUGGCGCUUGCACUGAGGACAGCCAAUACCUGGAUACCAAUGGUGACACGCCUCUUCACAUUGCUGCUCGUGCGGGUGCACUCGAGGCGGCCAAAGUGCUGAUCGUCCACUGGCCGCAGUGGCUCCUGACGCUCAACGCCCAGAACAAAAGACCCCAGGAAUUGGCGGUCUUGAAGGGGCUGCAGCGGAUGCUAACCCCGGGGUCAUCGUGGUUUGGUACCGGUACCAGCGGCGUGGAGGAGUCGCAAGUUGGUUCUUUUCGACCGGUUUUGAGCACUUCCCGGGUCUCUAUCAACCAAGUAUGGCUCUCCGUGCCGCUCCACAUCUCGCGGAAGCGCGUGCACCUGGUGGCCCCCGGGAUCUGUUCCUACGUGGCCGCCAGCUGUGGCGGUGCGCUGGGACGCCUGUGUUUGACCACGCAACAAGACCAGGAAGAGCAGGAAGAGGAAAUAGUGCUCAGCGAUUUGGUACCCAUUGAUCGCAUGGGAAAUCAAGUGGCGUUACCUCAGGCCAUGAUUGGCGAGGGCGCCUACGGCCAGGUCUUUCGGGCCAAGCAUCGACGGAGAGAUGUCUUGUACGCCGUGAAGGUCUUCAAGACGCCCCGCGAUCGGCCUGCAUCCCCGGAAGUGGCGCGAGAAUGCGAUGUGGGAACCUUGAUACAUCAGACACCGCAUCCCUGCAUUGUGCGGCUGUACAUGGUGACCUUUGAUGAAGAUUCGGGGCAAUACACACUGGUGAUGGAGUUCUGCCCAAGCAAUCUUUUUCAACGGGUGCACAGCGCGACGUUGCAAAAUAUGGCCAAGGGACUGACAUACAAGCCGCCGCCACAAACGCUCGAUUGGCUUGGACAAGUCUUUCUAGGUUUAGAGCACAUGCACAAGCGCUUGAACGUCCUUUUUCGGGAUUUGAAGCCGGGGAACGUGAUUCUGGACAGCGCCCAGUGUGCCAAGUUGGCGGACUUCGGUUCUGGACGGGUGGGCCCUUCGGCCGGCCAUUACUCCUUCGGCCAUCCGGCCGGCACCGUGGGCUACUGUGCACCAGAGGUGCUUGGUGGUAUGCCACACGACGAGCGAGCCGAUUUGUAUUCCCUGGGUGUGCUGACGUGGCUUCUCUUUACGGGUGGAAUGCCUGGAUCCCAGCCGCCUGUGCAACCUCGGCCGGAGGUGCACCAGCAUCUCUACGACUGGCUGUUACUGAGGAAGUGUCUGGACGAUAACUUCCCUCCCUUCCAGGGUGUCUCCGCCAGCGACCUGGCCCAGCAAGCAGCCGAAGCUCGGGACUGUGUUCAUCUCUUAGUGCAGCCUCCAGAGAAAAGGAUGAGACAUUCGGACCUCCGUGCGCACGCAUUGCUGGAGCCCUUGGAGCUUCCCACCUACGAUGCGGGACCGAAACAGGUGGAGUCGUGGUUGGAAGAACGCGGUUUUGCCAAAGGGCAACGCUGA